CACGAGCGUCACUUCAUGGCUCCCGGGGUGCGGCGCGUGCCCGUGCGCGAGGGCCGUGUGCGCGCCACGCUUUUCCUGCCUCCAGGACCUGGGCCCUAUCCUGGUAUUGUGGAUCUUUUCGGAGUUGGAGGUGGCCUUCUGGAGUAUCGAGCAAGUCUGCUGGCUGGGAAGGGCUUUGCUGUCUUGGCUCUGGCUUAUUAUAACUACGAUGACCUCCCCAAGAGCAUAGCAACCAUGCACAUAGAGUACUUUGAAGAAGCUGCGAACUACCUGCUUAGUCACCCUGAGGUAAAAGGUCCAGGAAUUGGGAUUCUUGGGAUUUCCAAAGGGGGUGAACUUGGCCUUGCUAUGGCCUCCUUCCUGAAGGGCAUCAAAGCUGCUGUCUUCAUCAAUGGCUCUAUGGUCGCUGUUGGGAACACCAUAAACUACAAGGAUGAGACUAUCCCUCCAGUAUCUCUUCUGAGAGAUCGAGUCAAAGUGACCAAAGAUGGCCUCUUGGAUGUUGUGGAAGGGCUUCAAAGCCCUUUGGUAGAGACAAAGAGUGUCAUCCCUGUGGAAAGGUCUGACACCACCUUCCUGUUCCUUGUGGGUCAGGAUGACCACAACUGGAAGAGCGAGUUCUAUGCCAAUGAGAUCUCCAAGCGCUUACAGGCCCAUGGGAAGGAGAAGCCCCAGGUCAUCCUCUACCCAGAAGGGGGGCACUAUAUUGAGCCCCCUUACUUCCCGCUGUACAAGGCUGGCAUGCACGCCCUGGUGGGUACUAAUAUCACCUUUGGAGGGGAGCCCAAGCCUCAUGCCAUGGCCCAGGUGGAUGCGUGGCAGCAACUUCAGACUUUCUUCCACAAACACCUGGGUAGUAAGAAUUAGGAGGGUACGGGCUGGAGAGAUGGCUCAGCCAUUAAAGGCUAGGCUCAAAACAAAGAUAUAAGAAUUAGGGUAUGACUCCUCAAGUAUUACCCAUUAUCUUAUGGUUUUGGAGAAAGUCUCAAAUAUACCAUCAGAGUAUCCAUUCUAGCUAGUUCAUCUGGACACAUUCUAAUUCCUUAAAAUCUUUUCUUUGUUUCCUUUUUUGCUUUUUUUGGAGACAGAGUUUUUCUGUGUAGCCCUAGCUGACCUGGAACUCACUGUAUAGAGCAACCUGGCCUUAAACUUCCUUAGAUCCACCUGCUUCUGCCUCCCGAGUGCUAGAACUAAAGACUUGAAUCAUUAUGCCCAGCAUAAGUUUUUUCUUUAUGUAAUACAAUAAGUGCCUCUGAGGGACUGCAGAUAUAACAGAGUGGGGAUGUGCUUGUCUUCCUGGGAUAGUGAAUAAUGUUCUGAGUUCUUGCCUCGGUGCCAUAAGACGACAAAGAAAUUAAAACUUUCUUAUAAAAGUCGUGCCUAUUGAGUUGGGGAGAUGGGUUAGUGGGCAAGGGUGCUUGCUGCCAAGCUGACAACCCAGAACCCACAUGGGAAGUGAGAACCAACAAGUUAUCUACACACACACACACACACACACUCGCACAUGACUGUAAAUAAAAUGUAAGCUACAAAUAGUGCCUAUCCAAAAAGUUCUUUUAUAUUAUGAAUUAAAGGCGAACCUUAAGUAUUAACAUUCUUAUUAAAAUAAAAAUUAGAUUUUUAUAGACAAAA